AUGGCCCAGUCCCCUCCUCUGCAGAGCCUCCUCGGCAACGACCACUGGAUCUUCCCUCAGGGCUGGGGCUGGGUCGGCGACUCGGAUUCCACGUCCCCAGCCUCCUCCUCCUCGGACUCGUCCGGCUCGUGCCCCUGCGACCGCGCCCGCGGGCCCUCGCAGCCCGCGGCCGCAGCCCGCAGCGCCGCAGAGGCCGCCUCGACGGCACCCAACCGGGCGCGCACCCGGCCGGCAGGCGGGCAGAGGCAGAGCGCCAGCGAGCGCGAGAAGCUGCGCAUGCGCACGCUCGCCCGCGCCCUCCACGAGCUGCGCCGCUUUCUGCCUCCGUCCGUGGCGCCCGCUGGCCAGAGCCUGACCAAGAUCGAGACGCUGCGCCUGGCCAUCCGCUACAUCGGACACCUGUCGGCCGUGCUGGGCCUCAGCGAGGAGAGCCUGCAGCGCCGGCGCCGUCAGCGCAGUGACGCGGCGCCCUCUCGGGGCUGCGCGCUGUGCCUCGACGGCGGCCCCGCGGAGGCGCAGAGGCAAGGCUGCUGCUCCGGCUCGGCCGCCGGUGCCGCUGUGUCCUGGGGGUCCCCGCCCGUCUGCCCCGAGGCCCUAGCGGCGCCCGAGCGCCUGGGGAGCAGGGUCCCCGACAUGGGACCCUGGCUGACACCCCCUUACUGCCCCGGGAUGCAGUCGCCCCCGCAGCUCUCUCAAGGAAGAGCCCCUGAUGCGGCCCUUUGGACGCCGCCUCAAGCCUGUUGUGGAACGCAGACACCCCCAGAGCCCCGGAACCAGCCCACGCCCUGGACAUCGCCCCCCGCUUCUCUGGAGCUGGCUACAGUGUACCAGGGUAUCUCUGUGUCUCCCGAGUCCUGUCUGUUGCCAGAAACCCCUCCUCUCUUGCCCCGCCCUGCCUGCCAGCGACUGCAGCCUCAGACCCAGUGGGGAUGCUGGAGCCACGCUGCAGAGGUGCUGCCCAACUCGGAGGACCAGGGACCAGGCCCUGCCCUCCAGCUCAGUGAUGAAAGCCCUCCCCAGAACUCAGGCCUUCCGCUCAGCAGCUGCCCUGAAUUUUGGCAAGAAGAUUUGGAGGGGACUCACCUGGGCAUGUUCUACUAAUGGCCUUGCCUGCCAAUAGUAAAGGCCACCCCCUUUUUCAGCCAGGAAUCAGGCCUGUAGUGUAGGCUGCCCGCCUCAUCGGCUACUUCAGUAGUAUUCAGGCUUUCUUUUAUCAAGGACCCCUUUUCCAAGUAAUGUCUUUCAUAGAAGCAGUGUUUAAAGCAGAUAGGGGGUCACCUCCCUGGCUGAAGUCGAGGCUGGGGCAGUCCCUCCACUCCCUGACAUCCCCCAGAAUGUCCAGUGCUCUGCAGGGCACAGCCUAAGUGGCAGUAAGAUGGUGGUUACUUGACCACAGUGGUUGGCCAGGCUGGGACUGGUGGGGGAGUGGA